AUGGCUGGCCAUCCCAAUUUAUUGUUCUCUAUACUCUCCUUCCUUGGUUUCGUUUUAUUGUCUAUCUGUUUGCCAUGGAACAUGAAAGCAUGGAACACUGGCGCCUGCUGUUACAUUAUAUGGACCGCUUUGACAUGCUUAACUCUGUUUAUCAAUUCCGUCGUGUGGGAGGGUAGUGUCAGCGACGUAGCUCCAAUUUGGUGUGAUAUAUCCGCGAAGCUCAUCAUUGGAAUUUCGUCCGCCAUUCCCGCAGCUUCGCUCUGUAUGGACAGGCGUCUCUAUUUAAUGAUCAGCAAGAGGCAAGUGGCCAUCAAUAAAAUCGAGAAACGCCGUGUACUUCUGGAAGACCUCGCCAUUGGGGUUGGUAUACCAGUCUUGCAGAUGAUAGUCCAUUACAUUCCCCAAGGUCACCGGUACGACAUCGCUGAGGAUUUAGGCUGCAGUCCAAGUACAUACAACACUUGGGUAGCCUACGUCCUCUUCGUCUCCUGGCCGUUGGUGAUCGGGGUCGUCGACGCAGUCUAUUGUGUUCUCAAUUUGAUCCACAUUAACCGCAAAGCCAACGCAGACCUUUUCGUUUCCGACCAAGGGGACAAUGCGCUCGACAAACAACGGUACUGGAGAUUAAUGAUCGUCUCCAUUGUCGCAUCUCUCACAACGCUCGGUUUCUCUUCCUUCUUUCUCGCCCAUGACCUAACGACCCUGCGCAUGUCUCCGUGGAUAAGCUGGGAAGAUACGCACUUUCACUUCUCUCAUGUCGGCCUCAUCCCGGCAUUGAUCUGGAGAAACUCAGCUAGCUGGGUAAUGGCACUUACGAGAUGGAUCGUGGUCAUAUGUGCUUUCUUGUUCUUUGCUAUUUUCGGGACGUCGAAGGAAGCAAUCAGGAACUAUCGAGCUGCAUUGCUGGUAGUUUGCGGAUGGUUCAAACGAAGAGAGUUAGAAGAGAAGGAACCUUCACUGGACCAAGGUUCCAAGUUCUCAUCCGAUUCGAUAAUCCUUGAUAUCAGCCUACCCUCUCCCACCAUUGCUUUCGAUAUUGACCUUGAGAGGGCCUCGCAUGAGGGACCUCGAAAUCUUUGGGUGAAUAGAUCCCCCGUCAAUGCCCCUGCUUCAUUUAUUGCUCGUCCCAUGAGGGCACUUCUACCGUUAUCUCCAGGUGCUCCUCCGCCUUAUAGCACUUACUAG